AUGCUAAUUGGCAUACCAUGCUACCAUACAAUUUCUUGCAUGCAUAGUAGAUCUCUAAACCCAUCUGACUACAUCCCUGCAUGCUAUAGGAAGGAGGCAUACCAAGCUUGCUACCAAUAUUUCAUAUAUCCAACAAAUGGAAAAAAUUUAUGGGAACAUACACCUUAUCCCGACAUACUACCACCACCUUCAAAAAGAGCACCAGGGAGGCCAAAAAGAAUAAGAAACAAGGAGGCUGAUGAAAAGAGAAAGGAUGCAAAAAAUGUUUCAAGGAAUGGGAUGCCAAACAAAUUUUCAAUAUGUGGUAUGUCUGGACACAACAAAACAUCAUGUCCUGCAAAACCAAAACAGGCUCAAACUGCAACUAUUGUCCAAACUGACCAAUCUCAAACUGUCUAA